AUGAAAAGUAGAUGGACGCGGCGGAUAACCGGUUGACAUCGGUCAGAGGAUUUACGUCAAGAUAGGUCGGUUACCUGGAGAUAACUGUAAAAUGUCAUCGGCGAAUGUGUGUCAGGUAUGGACUUGACGUACUACGACAUGACACCGCUGGCUGGUUGGCUCGCGACCGUUUUGUCAAUUAUGCCUCCGCCGUCAUCGCGGUCCUGAAAAGAAGAAAAACAGCCGCAUCGCACGUCUGAGCCCGAGCUCAUCGUCAGAGGCGCACGAACAGAAUAGAAUCUCAAAGCAUCAUGGAGGGAACAGAAGUUACAUUUUUAUUCCAGUUUGGUCUGACACGUGACACAGUCACAGUAGACAGUAGCACACUUACUCUUAAGGCUUUGAAAGAUCUCGCCUGUGAUUUUAUAAACACCAAGUGUCCAGAGCAUGGCUUAAAUCAUCUAUUUGAAAGAUUAAUUUUAUUUAAGCACGAUUACAAUUCUACAAAUGUUUUACAGCUUAUUACAAAUGCUACAGAAGUAGUUGAUGAAACACUAAUUGAAAUCGUGUUGACUGCACAAGUGCCAAGUGAAUACAUUCCUAUUCGACCUCAUGCUUUAGCGGUACAUUCCUAUAAAGUUCCAACAUUUUGCGAUUUUUGUGGUGAAAUGUUAUUUGGGCUUGUUCGACAAGGUCUCAAAUGUGAAGGUUGUGGUAUGAAUUAUCACAAGAGAUGUGUCAUUAAAGUACCAAAUAAUUGUUCCCAAGAUAUAAGUCAAAGACGCCGUAGUUCGGCUAUGCUAAAUGUCCCAAGAUCACCAAGUCAGGGUUCCACUAGCAGCCUGACAAGUAUUACCGAUGAUAAUCACAGUUCAAAUAGUACAUCUAAUACAAGCCAAAAUAAUAGUACAUUGGCAAUACCGAGUAUAAUGACACCAAAACAGUCUGCUUCACCGUCAUUGGGAGGACGGCCUGUUUGGGUUGAGCGAGAGCUCGCAACGCGAAUAAAAAUUCCGCAUACAUUUGUAGUACAUACAUAUACACGUCCGACUGUGUGUGGGCACUGUAAGAAAUUGUUAAAGGGAAUAUUUAAACAAGGCCUGCAAUGUAAAGAUUGUCAAUAUAAUACGCACAAAAAGUGUAUGGAUAAGAUACCUAAAGACUGUACAGGAGAAAACUUGCGAGACAAUAUAGGUGAAUAUCCAGAUAGUGGUGUUAGCAGCGAAUUAGAAACCAAAUGUGAUAUUAGGAAUGAAGAAGGUGAUGCUGACAGUGAUACAGAAUCGUCGCCUCCGCCGCAAGACGUAGCGUUUACAAAUGACGAGAAUAAGAUACCAGAUGAUUAUACAGAUCAUGCACAAAGUAACGACGAUGCUGCUUAUGAUGAAAAUCAAAAAUCACGACCAUCAAGUUGUAGUUCUACGCCGAGUAACAACAUUCCAUUAAUGCGGAUAGUACAAAGUGUAAAACACACUAAAAGACGAGGAUCUAAAGUAUUAAAAGAAGGUUGGAUGGUGCAUUUCACAAAUCGCGAUCCAGUUAGAAAGAAACAUUAUUGGCGACUUGAUACAAAAUCUAUAACGUUAUUCCAGAACGAGAAUAGUUCUAAAUAUUAUAAGGAAAUACCAUUGUCUGAAAUUUCAGCGAUUGAAACUGCUAAAACACCUCGUUCAUAUAUAAUACAUUGCUUUGAACUAAAAACUGCCAAUAUCGAUUAUUAUGUUGGGGAGGAUCCAUCAUACGGAGAGAAUUGCGGCCAAGUCUCUCCUCCCGAAAGCGGUAUAGGGGCUCAUAUAGCUAGAUCAUGGGAAACUACUAUUAGACAAGCACUUAUGCCUGUAACUGUAUCAACUAAUCAAGAGGAAUCUACCGAACCCGAGGAAAGCAUUACCGAUAUGUCGCAAUUGUAUCAAAUUUUCCCGGAUGAAGUUUUAGGAUCUGGACAAUUCGGCAUAGUUUACGGGGGUGUUCAUCGCAAGAGUGGUCGUGCGGUCGCGAUAAAAGUUAUUGAUAAAUUACGUUUUCCUACCAAGCAAGAGGCUCAACUAAAAAACGAAGUAGCUAUUUUGCAAAAUUUGUCACACAGUGGAGUAGUGAAUCUGGAGCGUAUGUUCGAAACGCCAGAACGAAUAUUCGUGGUGAUGGAAAAACUGAAGGGCGACAUGCUGGAAAUGAUUUUGAGUUCCGAACGCGGACGACUUAGCGAAAGAAUAACCAAAUUCCUGAUAACGCAAAUCCUAGUCGCAUUAAAACAUCUUCAUAGCAAGAAUAUUGUGCAUUGCGAUUUGAAGCCGGAAAACGUAUUAUUAAGCAGCGACACAGACUUCACUCAAGUAAAACUAUGCGAUUUUGGAUUUGCAAGAAUAAUUGGUGAGAAGAGCUUUCGAAGAAGCGUCGUUGGUACACCGGCGUAUCUGGCGCCGGAAGUCUUACGAAAUAAAGGCUAUAACCGUUCCUUGGACAUGUGGAGCGUUGGCGUAAUUAUUUACGUGUCAUUGAGCGGCACAUUCCCGUUUAACGAAGAAGAGGAUAUUAACGAACAGAUUCAAAAUGCCGCCUUUAUGUAUCCGCCAACUCCGUGGAAGGAAAUUUCAAAUGACGCUAUUGACUUGAUUAAUAAUCUUUUACAAGUUAAGCAGAGAAAAAGAUACACAGUUGAUAAAAGUUUGCAACAUGUAUGGUUACAAGAUUACCAAACAUGGUGCGACUUGAGGAAAUUGGAGCAAAAAGUUGGCUAUCGCUACUUGACUCAUGAAAGUGAUGACGCACGUUGGAUGGCGUAUAGUAAUCAAGAAACAUGACAGAACUGUUCGCCUGUUUUGAACAUUGAAACAUUACCGACUUCCUUGUCGCUGCACAAAGGUUGGGUUCGAUGUGCUCGAGCAACUUUACGGCGGUUUAUUCGUGCCUGAUUUCGCAAAAGUAUGUGAAAACUAGUACAAGCUUUUUCGGUCCGAAUAUUAUGUUCUCUGUACUUACAUAAGAGAAAGAUAUCGAUAUUUUAAGUUUAUACAUUUCAAAAUAUUAGAAUCUAUCGUUUCCUUCAAUAUACUUAACAUUUAAAUGACAUUUACAAAAACUUUCAUAACGUUAA